AUGUCGGUUCUCAGUGUCGUCAUGCAGUGGCUUCUGCUUUUUAGCCUGGCGUUAACCGUUUUCUAUCUCUACUUGAUCUCAGUUCGUCACAAUUUCAACAUGGAAACCAACAGUCGACAUCAGUUGCUGGACGACAAUUUUCACGGCCGAUCUGCCGGAAAAUUCGCCGGGGUCGACGAGUACACCCGUCACAUGACGUCACAAUUCAAGUUGAAGCCCAUCGCCGGAGGUGUCCCAUUGAAACCGGAAUUCGGGCCGGUGUUGAACGACGUCCAUUUCAGAUACUCAAUCAACCCGAGGACAGUCACAGACCGAUGUCGUGAUGAUAGGAGCCUGUUAAUUGUCGUCAUUAGUGCGCCAGGGAAUUUUCUUUACCGCAAAUUAAUCAGACGGACGUGGGUAACUCAAUUAAAAGGAAUUCAAUACGCUUUCUUGAUCGGAUUGACCGAUCAAUCCACCGUCCAGCAAGGCAUCCGCAACGAGAGUUCCAUUUACGAGGACUUGAUCCAAGUCGACAUGGUCGACACUUAUAUGAAUUUAACUCUGAAAUCCGUGGCUCUACUUCACUGGGCUUCCAAAUUCUGUCCGGAUGCUCCGUUCAUCUUUAAAUGCGACGAUGAUAUUUACAUUAACAUCCGCAAUUUGGCCGAGGUCAUCCAGCAGCUUCCGCCCAAAAUUCCUAGGGUGUACGGAACUUCCGUGUCCAACUUGAAACCUUUGAGACCUAAAGAAUUGGGUUCGUCAUCUCAGCCGGCGGAUGACAGCGACAAAUGGAUCAUCGAUCGGCAAUUGUGGCCGUGGUCAACGUACCCGACGUACGUCUCCGGCGGAUGUUAUCUGAUUGACUCGAGCGCUAUCGGUCCUCUAUUAGCGGCCGCCCAGACCACGCCCUAUUUCCCGUUCGAAGACCUCUACAUCAACGGAUUGUGCGCUAGAAAGGCGGAAGUCCAAGUGCUGGCCUCGGACCUAAUGCUGGGAUCGAUUACGGAUGUAUCGGAAGACUUACUGGACGAGGAUUUCUGGCUGGUGGCCAAUUUCGUGACGUGGCUUACCUCCUCCAUAGAUGAAAUGGCCGCCUCUCACCUGGCCACUGAACUCUACUUCAACAGCAACUUUAAAUUGAAUAACAAUUCGCUAUUCAAUUGGACUGUGACUUUUAAUGGAAUAAUUUAAUCAAAUACAAAAAAACAAAAAUUCAUUGUUGCCAAGCUAGGUAAAAAAGAAAACAAGUACUGAACUUGUUACGAUAAUAUGCAAAUAAGCUGCUGACAA